AGAAUUUAUCGACUUCUCCGGCAAACCGAAACCCCAAUUUCUCCCCCUCUUCGCUGGCUCCCUUCCAAUUCUUUUCAGCUUUCUCAAUUCUCUUCCAUGGAGCCGUUUAAACCCUCGAACCCCCUCUUAUCCUUCUCCUCUUUCCUCCACCAGCAAUGCCUCCGCCUAGGGAACGAGCUUGCCACUAAGCUGGGCGACACCUCAAGAGCCCUAUCCACCGCCUUCCCUCCGCCGGCGGCCACUGUCCGAAGGUUCCAUCCGCCACUGUUCGCCUCAGUUUCUCAGGCGAACCAGCAGCAACCGCCGCCGGCGCUUAGCACCAAUUACGUGGCGAAAAGGCUCACCGGCACGACUCUGUACACUGUGAGCAAUACGAACAACGAGUUCGUCCUCAUUUCGGAUCCUGAUGGAGCUAAGUCCAUCGGAUUGCUCUGCUUCCGCCAGGAAGACGCCGAAGCAUUUCUGUCUCAGGUGCGAUUGCGGAGAAAGGAAUUAAGAAGUGCGGCAAAAGUGGUGCCUAUUACUCUUGAACAGGUCUACAUGCUGAAGGUCGAAGGCAUUGCAUUCAGAUUUUUGCCAGAUCCUGUCCAAAUUAAGAAUGCAUUGGAGCUGAAAGCUUCUGAUGUAAGGAAUGGGUUUGAUGGAGUUCCGGUUUUCCAGUCAGAUCUUUUGGUAGUGAAGAAGAAAAACAGGCGGUUCUGCCCCAUAUACUUCCAAAAGGAAGACAUAGACAAGGAACUGGCAAAGGUUUCAAGGGCAUCGAGAGGCGUGCCUCAUAAUAUAAUGGUGGGAAGCCUAGAAGAUGUUCUGAGAAAAAUGGAGACAAGUGAGAAGAACUCAGGAUGGGAAGAUUUGAUUUUCAUUCCACCUGGUAAAUCCCAGUCCGAACACAUUCAGGAAAUAACCAAAUCAUAGUUGCUUGAGAUUUGGCAUAAACUCUCCAUCGCGUAGAGCUAUCAGUGAAAAACACAGCAAGAGUUUUGGCACGCGUUACCAGGCCAGUAGCUAUACAGGUCAGAUAUUGAGACGAUCUCGUUAUUUUCCUUUCCUUAACCCUUUUAACUAGGAGCUCAGGAUGAGAUUCCUUAACCUGGAGCAUUCCAUUCCCCAGGUGCGCCUGGAUAGCUUUGAGUUAUGAGGUUCAUCGCGAUUUGAUGUUGUUUGUAGAAGGUUAUGGAAUGCUAACUCCCGACGGCUAACUUGUUGGAACUUGUUCCGUUACUUUUGCCUAGCCUUCGAAUUUGGUGACAUGGAAGUUACAUCGAGUUUUUGUGAGUCUGCGGGUUGAUGCUUCUAUUAUGUUAUACUUCGUCGGCAGUUUAUAUUAUACAAGUAUACAACUAUACAUCAUGAUAUCUCUGCUGAAGUUUCUCUAGGGCAUAGACAUUCAACAAGACAGCCAGGUAACAGGAAGAACUAGAGGAUGGAUUUUUCCUUAUCCCCUUAGUAGUCCCUCCAGCUCCAAGACUCGGCCUGGCCCAUUAUCCAAAGACCCACAUCUUCAAUUUAUCUGCCAUGAAUAACAAAGGAGCGAGAGAUAUUGAACCUUCAAUAGAGUCUGAUUCUUUAGUGCGACUGUGCGAGUGCUUUGAGAUGAUUAGUACAAUUGAGGAAGAGUAUAUUCCUUUUCAAUCGAACUUCCAUGCAUCUGUGGUGCCUGUGAGUAACACUCGACAGCCCUGAUUGACUAGAUUUCUUAGUACUUAUUAGCUGCCGACAAAAAAAUAGGAGGGUAAAACCAUUUGCUUCAAUGGGUAAAUUAGGAGGGUAAACUAUUUGCUUCAAUAGGUUUAAAUCCAUUGGAUGGGUUUAAAAGGAUCUUGCAUGUGCUCAAAGUAGGGGUGAAUGUUUGGUUCGGUUAACCAAAAUGAAACCAUUAGAAAUCAAGACCCAAACUAGGUUGUUGUCC